AUGGAGAUGGUGUGGCUGUGCACGGUGCUGAUCCUGAUGCAGGAUGUCCUUGCUGUGACUUGGCUGCACCUGGCCAAGCAGACAUCCCUGCGGGGGGCCCUCAGGGACCCUGGUGUCUGUGCAGGUCUGACGGGGCUGGUGGAAGAGCAGGUGCGAGUUUGCCGUCGGCAGGUGGAAGCCAUGGAGGCGGUGAAGCGAGGAGCGGAGCUGGCUGUAGAGGAGUGCCAGUACCAGUUUCACUCUCGCCGGUGGAACUGCUCCACCCUGCAGGAGCUGCAAGUCUUCGGCAAAGUCGCCAUCCAAGGCACACGUGAAUCUGCCUUCAUCCAUGCCAUCUCCUCUGCGGGUGUUGCCUUUGCCGUGACUCGUGCUUGCAGCCGUGGGGAGCUGGAGAAGUGUGGCUGCGACCGCAAAAUCCGAGGAGUCAGCCCUGAAGGUUUCCAGUGGUCAGGCUGCUCUGAUAACCUGUCAUAUGGGAUUGCCUUUUCUCAAGCCUUUGUAGACAAUCCCGAGAGGAGCCGCGGCAUCUCUUCCAGCCGAGCUCUCAUGAACCUGCACAAUAACAAGGCGGGGAGGAAGGCACUCCUGGCUCACAUGAAGGUGGAGUGCAAGUGCCACGGCGUGUCAGGCUCCUGCGAGGUGCGUACAUGCUGGAGGGUCAUGCCCCCCUUCCGCAAGGUGGGCAACGUCCUGAAGGAGAAGUUUGAGGGGGCGACUGAGGUUCACCCACAGCGGGUCGGUUCCCGCAAGCUGCUGGUGCCCAAGAGCUCUCGCUUCAAGCCCUACACAGCUCACGACCUGGUCUACCUCUUGGCCAGCCCAGACUUCUGUGACCGGGACCCCCAGCAUGGGGUCUUCGGUACCUCUGGCCGCCAGUGCAACCGGACAUCUCCGGCCAUGGAUGGCUGUGAGCUCCUGUGCUGCGGCAGGGGCUUCCACACCACACAGGCCGAGGUGGUGGAGCGGUGCAGCUGCAAGUUUCGGUGGUGCUGCUCCGUCAAGUGCAAGCAGUGCCACCACCGGGUGGAGGUGCACAGCUGCCGCUGA